AUGUUUUCAGUGAGGCUGCUCGUCAUUCUGGGAUAUUUAGUGUUUAAUGUGCGAGGGGUGGAUAAUAGUGGACAUUGUCCGAAUGUGAAGGCGCCAAUCAGUUCUGUGCGGAAAAGGAGAUAUUUGACUUUCCCAGAUGACAGUGCUGCUGCGAUAACAAUAGAUUUGGCCAAAACCUUCCAAACGCACGUGCCAUCAGGCUGGUACGUGACCAUGGAUUUAGAUGUGAUAUUCCCUCUUCCCGACUCCAAGUUCACCCUGGAACACUCCAGGAGAAAGCUGCAUCAUAAACAGAAAAGGGAUAUGUGGGAACGAAUAGAAGAGGCUGUAGGAUUUCACAAUCUGAAUGGCCGAGCUUGCAUCCUGAGGAGCAUCUGUGAAGCCAAGGUGCAUCUAGCGCCGAAAGGAAAGUCUCUGGUACACGACAUACUUAGAGCUAUAUUCACGAUUCCAGCCUUCGAGAAAGAGUUCGAAGACGUUAUGAAAGAAGGUUACGAUGACGUCAUAGACCCCCACGUUUGUGACAGGAUGCAUGAAUGUCCAUUCUCGUUGUUACAUUUUAUUUUGGAUAUGAAUAAACCUAGAUAG